AUGUAUCGAAUGACCACGGUGGUCUACGGCACUGGCUGUGCACCCUACCAGGCAAUUAGAUCUAUAAAGCAAUUAGCCUCGGAGGUGUUUGAUGUAUUUCCCCGAGCAGCCGAAAUCUUAGAACGCCACAUCUACAUGGAUGACGCCUUCGCUGGAGCGGAUACGCUCGAGGAAGCCCUUGAAGCUCGCAACGAACUGAUCAACGUUCUACGGUCAGCUGGCAUGGAGCUGGAUAAGUGGUCCGCCAAUCAAUCGGCAUUGCUAGAUGGACUGCUAAUUUCCACAGAUCCAGUGCGAUUCUUCUCAGAGGAGAACGUUGUGGCCACGCUUGGACUGCAGUGGCACAAUGCUACGGACUAUUUCUGUUACAGGGUAGUGCUUCCCACGGCGCCCCCCAACACGACCAAACGGGUGGUGCUCUCUGAAGUCGCCCGGCUGUUCGACCCGCUAGGAUGGCUAGCGCCGGUCAUCGUAAUCGCCAAAAUACUGAUUCAACGACUUUGGAUCUCGGGUUGCGAUUGGGACCAAGCCGUCCCGGACGAGGUACUUGGCUCUUGGACUAACCUACGAGAACAGCUACCCUGCCUCGAGCAGCUGCGAAUCGCCCGCUGGCUAGGAACUCUGGAUUCCUCCACUUUCUUCCUGCACGGCUUUGCCGAUGCUUCGAGCCAAGCCUAUGCUGCCACGGUGUACAUCGUCACGUUGGUUGGAGACGAAGGACCUCGGUCAACUUUACUGGCCGCAAAGACGAAAGUGGCCCCAAUCAAGACGCUCAGCAUUCCCCGGCUAGAGCUAUGCGGAGCGUUGUUACUCGCCCGAUUGAUGGACAGCAUUAUAUCCCAACUGUCCACGUCACCAAAAGGAGUAUAUUGUUGGACUGACUCCCAGGUCGCACUGGCCUGGCUAAACAGCCAUCCUUCGCGUUGGCAAGUAUUCGUUGCCAACAGAACCAGUGAAAUCCUGACCACACUGCCGACAGCCAGCUGGGGACAUGUCAGGACUUCGGAGAAUCCAGCUGACUUGGCCACGCGAGGGGUGGAACCUCGCCUUCUGCAACAGCAGACGCUAUGGUGGAGCGGACCUGCCUGGCUCACUACUCACUGGCAGAACUGGCAGUCUUCCGGAACCCAUUACUCAACCACCGUCGAGGAGAAAAAGGAGAAAAUGGUCUUCACUACACCGUUGGGGAAGACAGACAAGGACAAACCUAUGGAAUCCAUGCUCUCCAGGUACUCCAAGUGGUCCAAGGUAAUGCGAAUCUUUGCCUAUGUGCUCAGGUGGCGAACUAACGCAAGACUGGCCCGGCGAGAACGCGUUGCAUCUACGCUAAGCGCGGAGGAGCUUUGGCGUGCGCAACGGGCGAUCAUUGUCGCCACACAAGGAGAAUACUUCGAGCAAGAAUUAAGCUAUUUGCGGGCUGGUCGUCCACUGCCGGCGACAAAGAAUCUACGCCGAUUUCUGCCGUUCCUGGAUCAGGACGGUUUACUUCGGAUCGGAGGUCGUCUCCAAAACACCCACCUUGGAGAAGGCGAGAAACAUCCGAUCAUUGUGCCAGGUGAAAGCCACUUGGCAGAGCUCCUCAUUCGAGAUGCACAUCUUCGCACGUUGCAUGGGGGCCCACAACUGGUGAUGAGUCAUCUCCUACGCUCUUUCUGGAUUAUCCACGUACGCAAUCGGAUCAGACGGCUCACGCGACAGUGUGUUCGGUGUACGAGGUUUCAAGGUCAACUACAAUCGCAGCAGAUGGCCGCGCUACCCUCUCCGAGAGUAACCCCGGAUAGGCCUUUUGCAAUUACUGGGCUGGAUUACGCAGGGCCUUUCCAGCUAAGGACCACGAAGGGACGGGGGCACAAAUCUUACAAAGGCUAUGUGUCCAUCUUCAUCUGCAUGGUUACCAGGGCGGUGCAUGUAGAGGUCGUGUCCGACUACACGACCGGCUCCUUCUUGAAUGCCUUCCGGCGUUUCGUGUCGAGGCGAGGCCGUUGUAGAGUCCUCUACAGCGACAACGGCACCACCUUCCAAGGUGCCGACGCAGAGCUCCAAAGGUUAUUUCACUCUUCAUCGGAGUUUAGUCGGGAUGUCGCGACGGCCACUGCAGCAGAGGGGGUGAAUUGGAAGUUCAUCCCCCCUCGAGCGCCGCAUUUUGGAGGCAUCUGGGAGGCCGCCGUUAAGGCCUUUAAACACCACUUGCGACGUGUAUUAGGUGACUCUACACUCACCUACGAGGAGUUCGCCACGCUUGCGACACAGAUAGAGGCGUGCCUAAACUCAAGGCCCCUCUGCCCACUCAGCAGCGAUCCAAGGGACCAGGAGCGGACCUGCCUGGCUCACUACUCACUGGCAGAACUGGCAGUCUUCCGGAACUCAUUACUCAACUACCGUCGAGGAGAAAAAGGAGAAAAUGGUCUUCACUACGCCGUUGGGGAAGUCAGACAAGGACAAACCUAUGGAAUCCAUGCUCUUCAGGUACUCCAAGUGGUCCAAGGUGAUACGAAUCUUUGCCUAUGUGCUCAGGUGGCGAACUAA